AUGGCUCCAGUAGCUGUCUCUGAGCCCUCUAUGGCUGAUCGAAAAACCAUAUUGGUCGUCGGCCUUGGGAUGGUCGGCAUCGCCUUUAUCGAGAAGAUACUGGCCCUAGAUGAUGAAAACCGUUAUCGCAUUGUGACUUGUGGAGAAGAGACGCAUCUCGCCUACAAUCGCGUCGCACUCACUGAGUAUUUCCAACACCGCUCCGUUGAGGAACUCUACCUCAACUCGCCGGCCUGGUAUGCGGAGCAAGAUCCUGAACGAUUCACUUUCCACGUCGGAGAGCAAGUCACCAAACUAGACCAUCAAGCACAAUGCGCGACUACAAGCAAGCAUCGCAUUAUUCCUUACGAUGUAUGUGUUCUUGCAACUGGUUCCGAAGCCAGCGUGCCCCCAUACAUAACACCGGAAACCAGCCCUAAGACACGAGGUAUAUUUGUGUAUAGAUCUAUCGCCGAUCUCGAUGCCAUGCUCGCCUACUCUGAUAGGCCUAAUGUAAAGAAAGCAGUAGUUGUGGGGGGUGGCCUGCUAGGUCUUGAAGCGGCCAAGGCUCUUUAUGACUUACCGGCCAUUCCGGAUGUAGCUAUUAUUAACCGCCAGGCUUAUCCGUUAUCUCGCCAAUUAGACAGCGAGGCCGGGGAAAUGGUACUGCGUAAGAUAGAAGGGAUGGGUGUCAAGGUGAUAACUAAAGUCAACGUCGCAAACAUCACUACCAAAAAGAUUCCAGAAACAGAAAUCGAGAGCGACGGGAAGUCCGAGGUGAUGACCGGAUUCGAUCUCGUCGAUGGAACACACGUGGAAUGUGAUUUAGCCGUCUUUGCGAUCGGGAUCAAGUCCCGGGAUGACCUUGCACGAUCAGCGAAUAUCGAAUGCCACUCACGUGGUGGGGUUAUUGUGAAUGAUGAUCUCAGUACUUCUGCACCGAAUGUCUAUGCCAUCGGCGAGUGUACUAGUUGGAAGGGGAACACUUACGGGUUGAUUGCGCCCGGAGUCGAGAUGGCCGAUAUUCUGAGCUUCAAUUUGACCCAAACACACAAUGGAACACAUAAACCACGCAAGAUGAAUGAUCCAGACUUAUCGACCAAACUCAAGUUGAUGGGUGUCGACGUCGCGUCGUUUGGUGACUUUUUUGCAGACAAGCGGAUGCAAGAACGUAUGAAGGCCGAAGAAUCGGAGAGCAAAGCAAAAGAGAUUUCACAAGAAGAGUCGAACGGAAAGCCUUCAGUGUGGGAAUUAAACACCUCCAAUGCACCUUCUCUCAAGGUUGAAAAUGGAAAUCGGGUUUCCUUGACCUCGAAUGGUGCCAAGUCGUCGAAUGGAAAGAGGAUACAUAGGCACCGGAAUAUGAGGGAUGAGCCUAUCAAGUGUUUGACCUACAAGGAUCCAUUUUCGAGCGUGUACAAAAAGUAUAUCUUCAGUGCCGACGGGAAAUACUUGCUAGGAGGUAUGAUGAUUGGUGAUACCAGCGACUAUGUCAAACUUGUCGCGAUCGUCAAGAAAAAGAAAGCAUUAGACGUCCCACCUUCGCAGUUUAUCAUUGGUGCCAGCAAGGGUGGUGACGAGGACGGCGCAGAUCUAGACGACGACACACAGAUUUGUAGUUGCCACAAUGUCACCAAAGGGCAAGUUGUGGAUGCAGUCAAGAAUGGUGUCGACAAUAUCGGGGACAUAAAGCUCAAAACUAAAGCUGGCACAGGGUGCGGUGGUUGCAUCCCCCUGGUGACAAACAUAUUUAAAGUCGAGAUGAAGAAAGCAGGAAAAGAGACUAACAACAAUCUCUGUGUUCACUUUCCGAUGUCUCGAACUGAUCUCUUUAACAUUGUCAAAAUCAAGCAACUGAGGACAUUCAAUGAGAUCGCUGUAGUCGUCUCGCCGAUUCCAAAGUGUGUGGGAUGUGAGACCUGCAAACCUGCGAUCGGGAGCAUCUUGAGUUCACUUUACAAUGAACAUGUGAUGGAUCCCCCUCACCAUCAAUUGCAAGAUACGAACGACAGAUAUCUGGCGAAUAUCCAGCGAAAUGGCACGUUCUCCGUUAUCCCUAGAGUAGCUGGAGGAGAGAUUACGCCGGACGGACUCAUUGUAAUUGGUCAAAUUGCAAAGAAAUACAACCUUUAUACGAAGAUUACCGGAGGGCAAAGAAUAGACAUGUUUGGUGCACAGAAGCAGGAUCUGCCCGAUAUCUGGGAGGAGCUGGUAAAUGCCGGAUUUGAGAGCGGGCACGCAUACGGGAAAUCGUUGCGGACAGUCAAAUCAUGCGUUGGAACUGCCUGGUGUCGCUAUGGUGUAGGUGAUAGUGUUGGCCUGGCAAUUCAGCUCGAGGAGCGAUACAAGGGCGUCAGAUCGCCUCACAAGAUCAAAGGUGGCGUUAGUGGCUGUAUUCGCGAAUGUGCGGAAGCACAGUCUAAGGAUUUUGGUUUGAUUGCGACGGACAAGGGUUGGAAUGUUUAUCUCGCAGGCAACGGCGGGUCGAACCCCCGCCAUGCAACCCUUUUUGCGACCGAUGUUCCUCCCUCCAAGGUCGUACGCAUCAUUGACAGAUUCUUGAUGUUUUACAUUCGCACAGCGGACAAAUUGAUGCGCACUGCCCGAUGGAUAGAGCAAUUCGAAGGAGGGAUUGAGAAACUGAAAAAAAUCAUCCUCGAAGAUGAACUAGGCGUAUGCGCCGACCUUGACCGUGAAAUGGAUGCACUCGUAGGGACGUACCAGUGUGAAUGGACUACCGUUGUCAAGAACCCAGAGCGUCGAAAGCAAUUCCGCCAAUUUGUCAACUCGGAUGAGCGGCAAUCUCAAAUCGAGCCCAUCAUUGAACGUGGUCAAACUCGACCAGCAGACUGGCCCAAGGAGUUCCCUCCUGUAAAAUUCAACGAAUCAGAUAUCCCCUCGCCCAAAUCGCAGUGGAGUUGGCAGCCUCUGGCCAAGACGUCGGACAUGCGUCCCACUCCUGCGGGUACAACAUCCGCAGUGGCCAAGUAUGGAGACACGCAGAUUGCGAUUUUUCAUGUACCUGGUCGGGGCUAUUUCGCUACUCAGCAGAUGUGUCCUCAUAAACGAGCGUUCGUUCUGGAUCAUGGCAUAGUUGGAGACGAUGCGAACGGGAAUCUCUACGUCUCAUGUCCUCUGCACAAGCGAAAUUAUGGGUUGAAAGGGGGCAACUGCAGCAGCGACCCUGAAAUGAAGAUCCUCACCUUUGACGCCAGGGAGGAAGAUGGGGUUAUCUCGGUUCUGCUCCCCGAUUCUGACGCCCUCGACUCGGUCAUUGGUACCAGCAAGUGGAUGGUUCGUCAAGCUACCGCACAAGUUUACGGCAAAGGAUCUGCGGGUAUGAUUGAAAUCAUUGGUCCGGAUGGCCGAGUAGCACCCGAAAUCGCCAAGGCAGCUUGUGCAGGAGGGUCAAGUUGCGGAGACAGUAAACUCGAGUGGUGA